UAAGGGUGACGUCAGUGUGAGGUCCACAAGGAGACGUUCAGGUGAAAAGAGGUUGAGGUGGAAAACACGAGAUGCUCGGCAAGGAGAGUCGGAAUAUUGUUAUUUCCAUGUCUCUGUCUGAACUGAAAUGUUGAAAAUAUUCGUAAAACGGGAUUAACCUCGCGGGAGAUUAGUACGACAUCAACAUUCGAUCGAGAUCGCACGAAUAUGAUGCACGCGCGCAUAUCCAACCGUCGUUGUGUCUCGAGCUCGCUGUGGUUUUGUUAUACGAGCUGAGAGGAAAUCGAGCGCAACAGUUACCAGUUAUUCUUGAUCUGAGACCAGAAGAAACACAAAAGCCGUCUGGAUAAUAUGUGAUGUGAUAACCUUUGUGAGAAGCUAUAAGGAACGGACACCUUCUUAGGGGGAUGCUUGCUCGCCGUGACCGUCGCCACCGUAGAAACGCGGUGGUACACGCAGUUGAUGGGGUGAAAUAGGUUACGGAGAGGUCCUAACGGCGGACCGCAGCGCUGUUUUCCAUCCUGGACUUGACGUGAAGUGAUAAUACAUGUUAGUAAAAGAUGCAAGGGGUGACGGUGACGGGAGAAGCGCCCACACUGAAUGGGGGUGGAAGAGAGGAGCAGCGUCCCCUCAAGCAGUCCCUGAGCGGCUCGCUGUGCCGAGAGUCCCAUUGGAAGUGCCUGCUGCUCACCUUGCUCAUGUAUGGCUGUUUCGGCACGCUAGGCUGGUGUUCCCUGUACCGCAUAACCGUUAUGAGUUCUAGUGUCCACGGCUUCUACGGAGACCAAGUCCCACUCUACGAAAGCCCGUGUUCUAACGGUUAUGUGUACAUCCCUGUGUCCUUCUUGGCUAUGCUCUACGUGGUCUACUUGGUAGAGUGCUGGCACUGUUACUCUAAAACAGCUAACCUUGCCAAGGUGGAAAUCAGCGAAGUGUAUGAUAGGAUACAGCGGCUACAGCAAGCCACGCCCUGCAUCUGGUGGAAAGCCAUCAGCUACCACUACGUACGACGUACUAGACAGGUGACGCGUUACCGCAACGGAGACGCCUACACCACCACACAGGUGUACCACGAAAGAGUUAACACACAUGCGUCGAGCUCCGAGUUUGAUUACUCACGCCUUGGAGUCAAAGACGUUUCUAAGGAGCUUCAGGGCCUGUUGGAGCAUCCCGUCACACGCUUACGGUUCACCAAGUGCUUCAGCUUUGCCAGUGCCCGUGCAGAGACUGCCUACCUCACACAGAGAGCACGCUUCUUUGGUGACAACGAGGGUUUGGAUGACUACAUGGAAGCACGGGAGGGCAUGCAUCUUAAAAACGUGGACUUUCGGGAACACAUGUUGGCUUUCCCCAACCCAUCCCGGCCACCUUGGUACACUCGACGCUGGGUGUACUGGCUGGCUUCUGCUAUUCUGCUGUCGUGGCCUCUUCGUGUAAUUGCCGAGUACCGCACGGCAUACGUCCACUACCACGUUGAGAAACUGUUUGGUGAAAAUGAGGAUGCCAAUGAUAAUGACAAUACAGAGACAGGGAACUAUUGCACAGGUUUUGAACAUGGCACUGGCGGUCCCACCCUGCGUGUCAUAUCACGGGUCAACACGGUGGAUAUGACAGAACUGGAAUGGCACAUUCGGUGUAACCAGCAGAUGGUGCCGAGCUACUCUGAGGCCUUGCUUAUGGAUUUGGAUAUGAACACAAACACGCCGUUGUCUGUUGCUAUGGCAGCACAGAUGCGACGCAAUUCUAGCUACUUCCUUCAGAGCUGCCCCAGGUGCCGGAGGUCGACGAGCAGCUCCUCCCUGCCUUCUUGGGUUAGGGGGAAUGUGGUCACAGGGACAAACUCAUUUCCCAUCAGGCCUGGCGGUAGGCUGUCGCUCAGUCGCAGCGGAUUCUCUCUUGGGCGUUUACAUACCGCAAGAAGCCGCCACCCCUGCCUGUUUCACUCAAGAAGCCUCGGAGGAGGGAUGGGCGGACGAGUAGAAGAGGGAGGCGGUGGUUUUCUUGGUCUUGGGUUUAGAGUGCCAGAUGAGGAGAGGAGAGGCGUAUUAGAGAGCGAAGGUCUGGAAGACGAGGUGGAAGAGAGAGAGAAUGAAGAGCACAGGGAGAAUGAGGGAGACAGACCACCCACCUACCAGGAUGCUCUCCAUUUUCCUGUGUUAAUCAUUCACGGGGAGGAGAGCUGCCAUGGGGGGCGUGGCAUUGACACGGGUUAAAAUAAUGCCUAUGACUUAAAGAAAAGAAUGUAAGAAAUGUUUGCAAAACAGAUUGAAGACGCAGAGGGGAAUUAUUAACAUACCAGUAGCUAUGGGGGGGAUUAAAAUGUAAAGGGUAAAAUGCUCAAGUUGUGAACCUUAAAGACUGAUCUGUGUCAAUGUGUGACAUUGCAGAACAUAAAUUCGUUCAAGUGUAGAAUGUUGUGAGGAUCGAAAUGAAAAUAAUAUACAUCGGUCACGUCAUUUUCAUGUCAAGAGCUCUGGCUUGAUACAGACUGACCUUAAAUGCGUAUAUUGUAGUAAAUACCUAGCAGAAAAAUAUAAUAGGCAUGGAACAUCAGUGUCCUGAAUUUUCCAUUCCUAAAAUGUCUGGCAUAUCAUGUCCAUAACAGACAAAAAAGUCCAGUGUCCUUUUUUUGACCAUGAAUAUAAUGCAGUUGAUGUGAAAAAUAGGGCAUCUGCAACAUACUAAAGGCUGGGAAUUUUGGGACAUACGCUGGUGUAGUUCUGUAAAUGUGUUAGUGAACAACAUGCAAUGUAGCGUUUGGAUGAAGGGUCUGUGAUAGCACUAAAUGCACACUGUAUUUCAAUAGACAUCCGGAGGAAGGAAACAUCACUAAUUUAUAGAAAAGACAGAACGGACAGUAACAAAACCAAACGGUUCUCAGGGGGAAAGUAUGUUUUAUUUGAUUUGAUUUUGUAAAAAAUAGUAAAACAAAACAAUACGUGUGGGAUGGUAAAAACUAAUAAGAUGAAGGUGAGUGUAGUAGGUGAAUGGUAAUACCUCACUGUUUUUCACUGUGCUUUAAUCCACUGUCCUGGGUAUUGACUUCUUUUAAUCUCUUGAUCUUUUUAAUUGCCUGGUAGAAGCACGGUGCUUAUGACUUCACUCAUGUCUGCCUUAGAGGUGUCUAAUGUCAGCCUCAUGUCUACUGCAGCCAAAUGAGCGUAGAUCUGUUCAGCAGCAGCUAAAUGUAUUUCUUUUUAUAUCCCAACACCCAGUUAAACACAUAGAACAAAAGAAUGAUUGAUGCCUAAGAGAAGAACAUUCUUCUCAUUCAUUUCUCCUAUAGACUGUUAGAAACAUUCAAAUAUGGCCCGUUUCGUUUUGAUACAAGUAUUAUUACUCAUAGAAGAAAUGAACAACACUAGAUUAGUGUAACAACUCACCGUCCCAUGUAGUCACAUCUGUGAUAUGUGUAAAAUAAAUCAAAUGUAAGUCAAGCACAAAGUGUCAUCCACUUUACAAACAAUGCAGGGGCUUAUAUGGGGAAAAAUACUGUAAUUUUAAUGGGCAGAUGGAACGAAUGUAAAAACAGCUUUGCACAUUCACAGGAUGUUAUUUAAAAAAAAAGUAAAUGUAAAAUCCAAAGCACACAUCAAGAGCAUCCCUGUGUUGUUUGUAGGAUUUCCACCGAUCAAAUUAUUGCUCCUGUGUCAAUAAGCACUAACAUAUCUCAGUGAUGAGGAAUGAUGCAGUGGUCAUGGCCAUGAAACUCUUAUUAAUAAAAUCAAAUCAUGAACAAUU